UCGGUCACAUCUGAAGCUGACGCAUGGUGUACAGUAGCUGAUGUUGUGUACUAUCCUCGGACUAUUUGCGCGUGCUGUGUAAAGUACACGUACUGCUCAUCUUCUUCCUGAUAUUUUCGACAACUCUGGAACUGUCCUUGCCAUUACAACAGCUGAGAACAAAGAAGGCCAUCUCCUCGUAGAAUUGGAAAACGACGAUGAUGGUAUUAUGCAUCUUGCCGUACCAACAGACUACUUCUAUGUUAGUGAUCAACGUUUCAAACACCUGCAUGGAUUGGAAGCUGGUACAUUUGAAGACAAAGUUGGAAGCAUUCUUUCCAGUUCCAGACAUGGAUUGGUGGAUGAAGUGGUUGCCAUGUCAAUGCCAAAAGCAAAGAAAAGAAAAGUAGUCCACAGCUUGUCAUUCAGAGAAGAAGUACAGGUGAUGCGACAGCUGCAUCCUGAUGUGGAUCGAGUUGGAGUGACGGAGAUGUUGGACCCAAGCAACAGGGAGUGGCGAAGACAAGCAGAAAGAGAACUGAACUUUGAGGGUCGGUUCGGGGGUUCCUUUAAGGAACAUAUCAGUGUUGCCUGCCUCAGUCCUAGGUGUUAUGCCCUGUCGGUGGAGAUAAUGGACUUGUAUGGAAGAUGGGGGUUGAAGCAGCAAACCAACUGCAAAGUCAACCGAAUGCUAUUUGCCCAGCUCCCUGGACUGAGAGAGGAGGACACCAUCUACAAGCUCCUUGGUGCCUUCUUUACCAAGAAACUUUCCAAGAAGGAGUUCAACGAGGAGUUGAAAAAUGCAAAGGAGCUACAGAACGAGAAUGAUCUGCCGGCAGUCAGGAAAGACAGGAAAGCAAACAGGGACCACAGUACCACCGCAACAGAGCUGAGAAGGAACAACAUCCGGCUCAUCAAAGAGAAGCAAGCUCUGUUGUUGGAAAACCGCAAGCUCAAAAAAGCCUUGACCCAAAGUGAAGAGAACCAGGAUGUGAACAGCCAGCAAGAGGAUGUGUUUGCUUACCAAAGUGAUGAAGAGGAAUUAUACGAAGAAGCAGAGGUUCACCACCAACCAAAGGAAAGGGAAAUCCUGGAAGUUCCGUCAGUGAAAUAUGCACGGUACCUUGGCAGGAGCAUACAGGAGGAGGAGGAGGAGGCUCGAGAUAGGGCUGACGAGUUGGAUGAUUCUUCGGAUUCAUUUCACAUGGAGCAGCCAACCUUCACCUAUUCUAGACUUCCAGCUCAGGCAUGCAACGGAAAGGCCGAUGGUGCUAAAGAGAAGGAGGCUUCGCCAACUUCGGCAACAGAGCAAAACUUGUUGAUCACCCUAGAGAAGAUCCAGGGGUUGGAACAAAAGGCAGAAGAUGAAGAGCAGUACUUUGUGUGCAGCGUAGAAAAAGAGAAUGAGAUUACACCAGAGACUGAACAAGAGAAAGAGACAGAACAAACGGAAUGCUUCCAGUUGGGGGAUUGCGUAUUGGCAAAAGAUGGUCCAGAGGAUGAAUGGUUCAAAGCAAAGAUAAUUAACACGGAAGGGCGUAUGUACAAGGUACACUACAUGGGCUAUAGCAGCAGCUAUGACAAAUUGGUGGAGCCGAGAGAAGUAAAGCCAUACAUAUUUGAAGCAGGUGAAAAGAUACGUGCCAUGUGGGAAGAUGGGCAUUUCUACAAGGGGAAGAUCAGAGGAAGAACCACGGAAGGAUAUACUGUCCAGUUCCAGGACGGAGUGAUCUUCACAACGAACAACGUGAGAUUUUAGACCCCGGUGUGCAAAAGAAUGAAGUGAUGUAGAAAGACCACAUGACAGUGACAAUCGGUUGACUUUGCAUUAAUUGUUGUGGCUUUCAGUAAAUUUUAUUCAUUGUUGUGGCUUUGUUUUUAUAUUUAAAUCAUUAAAAAUUAAAAAUUGAACAAUUGUUCUUAUUUAUCCAAUUGUUUGUAGUUUGUAUAUUGUCAUAUGUGCCUCUUUCAGUUCCCCAGGGGUAUUGUUGGGCCACAAUUUAAAACACGGAGGGAAUAAGGUUAAGAAAUGUUCUUAAACCAGUUAUUCGAAGAUAUAUCAUAGCAUCAACAAUUAUCUUAUUUCAAUCAUGCUCCCAAAGUGGUGGAUUGGGGCCAAAAUUUUCAAUACUGAAUUCGAAGCCUAAGUACUAUGGUGAGCAAUGCGGUCCAUGGGCCUCUUUUGCUUUAAAAGUUAAUAAUGAUAAUAGAUACUUAGUAUAAGAAAGUAUUACCACAUUUUUUUUA